GGCCUGCAAAAACUGGGUGUGUCGUAAUGGGGAGUGUCCCGGGACAACAUCCAAAGUAGCGGCUUUGCGCUCAGCUGCCACGCACGCCGUCUCGACGCCUGUCUGGUCCCGGCCUGUUGCUCAAGUGCCCAUCGCGCCUCGCUCUCGUCUCCUUUUGUUCUCUGUUUGUUUUCUACAACUCGGAAUCUGUCAGGUAGAAUGGCACAGCACCCAGAGUUUGAGCGGGCUGGAAAGAAACCAGGCCUCCAGGUUUGGAGGGUGGAGAACUUUGACCUGGUGCCUGUUCCUGAGAACCUUUAUGGAGGAUUUUACACAGGAGAUGCAUACAUCAUCCUCAACACCAUCAAGCAACGCUCAGGAAACCUGCAGUAUGACCUCCAUUUCUGGUUGGGCGAUUUCUGCACCGCGGAUGAGAGAGGCUCGGCGGCCAUUUUCACAGUCCAAAUGGAUGACUUCCUGGGAGGAAAACCCAUCCAGUAUCGGGAAGUCCAGGGCCAUGAGUCCAAAACUUUUCUUGGCUACUUCAAGUCUGGGAUCAAGUAUAUGAAAGGAGGUGUGGCAUCAGGGUUCAAGCAUGUCGUCACCAAUGAGGUGGUUGUACAGCGAGUGCUCCAGGUCAAAGGUCGUCAUGUUGUCAGGGCAACAGAGGUGCCGGUCAGCUGGGAUAGCUUCAACCAAGGAGACUGCUUCAUAUUGGACUUGGGAGCUGAGAUUUACCAGUGGUGUGGUUCCCAGAGUAACCGCUUUGAGAAGCUGAAGGCCACACAGGUCGCCAAGGGGAUCCGGGACAAUGAGCGCAGCGGGAGGGCCCGCGUCUAUGUCUGUGACGAGGGUAUGGAGAGAGAAAAGAUGAUGGAGGUUUUAGGAGAAAAACCAGAGCUGCCUCUUGGAACUUCUGACGACAUCAAGGCCGAUGCCUCCAACAGGAAGAGGGCCAAACUCUACAAGGUUUCUAAUGCCAGUGGAGGUAUGACGAUUGCAAUGGUGGCUGAAGAGAACCCAUUCCCACAAAGCGCCCUGGACACGGGUGACUGUUUCAUUCUGGACCACGGCUCUGACGGCAAGAUCUACGUAUGGAAAGGUCAAGGCGCCAACAUGGAUGAGCGAAAGGCGUCGAUGAAUGCUGCUGAGGAGUUCAUCAAGAAAAUGGGCUACCCCAAACACACCCAAGUGCAGGUCCUGCCCGAGAUGGGCGAGACGCCGCUCUUCAAGCAGUUCUUCAAGAACUGGAGGGACAAAGAUCAGACGGUGGGCUUGGGUGUGGCUUACAUCGCCAACAGCAUCGCCAAGAUCGAGAAGGUGCCCUUCGACGCCUCCUGCCUGCACGACUCCCCCGCCAUGGCCGCCCAGCACGGGAUGGUGGAUGACGGCAGCGGAGAUAAGCAGAUUUGGCGUAUCGAGGGAUCUGACAAGGUGCCAGUAGACGAGUCUACCUAUGGCCAGUUCUUCGGAGGAGACAGUUACAUCAUUCAGUAUAACUACCAUCACGGAGGACGGAGUGGACAUAUCAUUUACAUGUGGCAGGGCAUAGACUCCAGCCAGGAUGAAAUUGGGGCUUGCGCUAUCCUCAGCGCCCAGCUGGAUGACGAGCUUGGUGGCGGACCCGUGCAGGUUGUCGGUGCUCCUAUAACUACUCAGGUGAGGGUGGUGCAAGGUAAGGAGCCGGCCCACCUGAUGAGUCUAUUUGGAGGACAGCCCAUGGUGGUCUACAAGGGUGGGACGUCCAGAGAAGGAGGUCAGUCAGCUCCUGCAGAGACUCGCCUCUUCCAGGUGCGCUCCAACUCCGCCGGACACACCAGAGCAGUGGAGGUUGAUGCAGUGGCAGCCAAUCUGAAUUCCAAUGAUGCUUUCAUUCUGGUGAGCCCCGGAGGCUCCUUCCUGUGGGUGGGAGUCGGUGCCAGUGACACUGAGAAGACGGGAGCCCAUCAACUGUGUGGUAUCCUGGGAGUGUCGCCCUCGGAACUGGCUGAGGGUGGGGAGACAGGUGAGUUCUGGGAUGCUCUCGGAGGAAAGACAGAAUAUCGCACUUCGACCAGACUUCGGGACAAAAUGGACGCCCAUCCUCCUAGACUCUUUGCCUGCUCUAACAAGACCGGAAACUUCAUUAUUGAAGAGGUGCCCGGAGAGCUGACCCAGGAUGACCUGGCUACUGAUGAUGUCAUGAUCCUGGACACCUGGGAGCAGGUUAGGAAAGCAGAACAAUACAUUUUUAGAGACAAUGAAGGAAAAAAAGCAUCCAAAGGAAAUGCGAAUGAGUCAUGCAUUUUGUACUUCCAACCUUUUGUGAAGGUGUUUGUCUGGAUCGGCAACGAGGCCCAAGAGGAAGAGAAGACCGAAGCAAUGGCAUCUGCGGUGCGUUACAUCGAGACAGACCCGGCUAACAGAGACCGCAGGACGCCCAUCGUGAAGAUCAAGCAGUGCUUCGAGCCGCCCACCUUUACCGGCUGGUUCCUGGGCUGGGACCACGACUACUGGACCAGCGACCCCCUGGAGCGGGCCAUGGCCGAACUGGCCAUGUGAGCUCACACUUGAGCCACACCUCACCAUCCUAAUAGCACCUGACACUUCGCCGCCUCCGCAAGCUGAAGACUGUUUUUGAUUUUAGCUCUUAGUAUGCCGAGACUUUUGUCGCUAUGUCAAGAAACAAGUUAGUUGUUGCCUCACAAGGUGGCCUUCAUUUGCUUUUAAAAUCAAAUAGCAUAGUCAUGCUGUGCAGGCUGGCUUCAUGCAGGGUUUUUGUUGAAGUGCAAUCUCUUUUUUUUUUUUUUUAAAUGUAUUUUAUAUUUGGACACAUGCCUAAACACAGCCAGCAAAGUAAUAGAAUGCCUUGUAUUGUAGUUGGUCAGGAUGGCAAAUGUUUUUAAGCAGGAGUCGUCUACAGUUUUUGCCAGUUUAGGUCUCGCUGCAUGCCGGCACAGUAAUAAAAUUAAAUUAAAAGUUGUGUGUGUCUUACUAUAUAAAAAAAAAAAUUAAAUCCAAAUCUCUUGAUUGAAGAUUUAAUAGCAUUUUUAAUAAUGUGAGAUAAAAAUCAUAACAAAAAUGGACUUGCAUUAAAUUUCCAGCUUUGGGAUCAGAACAGUCUUCAAUCCUAAAUAUUGUACAAAACAGCAAACAAAACAAAAAAAAAAAAGACUU